AUGGCGAACACAAGUGAUCUGGGGGAAAGCAACCCAUCGCUUCAGAAUUAUGCUAUCACAGCCUCUGCGGUGAAGCUAGCCUCCCUUGGACUCGUCAUUUGCACCAGUCUGAUGGGGAACGUAUCGCUAUCCCUCCUGGUGCUGAAAGACAGCACCUUACACAAGGCUCCGUAUUAUUUCCUUCUCGAUCUGUGCUUGGCCGACAUCAUUCGGACGACUGUGUGCUUCCCCUUCGUGAUGAUAUCCAUAAGCAGUGGUUCCAUCUGGGCAUACAGUCUAAUAAGCUGCAAGAUCAUUGCGUUCAUGGCAGUCCUCUUCUGUUUCCACAUAGCAUUCAUGCUCUUCUGCGUCAGCGUUACAAGAUACAUGGCAAUCGCUCACCACAGAUUUUAUUCCAAACGAAUGACGCUGUGGACAUGUGUAGCUAUUAUCUGCAUGGUGUGGACCCUCUCCAUCGCAAUGGCAUUCCCUCCUGUGUUUGAUGUGGGCACAUAUAAAUUCAUUCGAGAGGAAGAACAGUGCAUCUUCGAGCACCGAUAUGUGAAAGCAAACGACACUUUGGGCUUUAUGUUGAUGCUGGCCGUCAUAGUGGGCACAACGCACGUCGUUUAUAUCAAAAUGCUGUGUUUUGUCUACGACCAUCGGAAGAUGAAACCCGCGCAGCUGAUCCCGGCCAUCAGCCAAAACUGGACAUUUCAUGGCCCAGGUGCGACGGGCCAAGCGGCUGCCAACUGGAUUGCAGGCUUUGGACGAGGUCCCACGCCACCGACACUGGUGGGCAUCCGACAAGCGUCGCACAACGCGAAUCGAAGGCUCUUAGUUUUGGACGAGUUUAAGAUGGAGAAGCGGAUAGGGAAGAUGUACUACAUGAUAACGCUCGCGUUUCUCGUCCUCUGGUCACCUUACAUCAUUACGUGCUACCUUCGAGUGUUUGUCAAAGGCAGCACCAUUCCACAGGUCUACCUGACGGCGGCCGUGUGGCUGACAUUUGCCCAAGCGGGAGCCAAUCCAAUUAUCUGUUUCAUUUUCAACAAAGAACUGAGGAUGCGUCUUAGGGCCUGCUUUCCUUGUUGUGUGGGUACCCAGACACCCAUGGAGCCAUAUUGUGUCAUCUGAGAAACCACGUUGCUUUAAUAUGGGUCUGAACCUUGUGAUCAACCCCCCCUCCCCCCUUCUUCAACAGUGCACUCUAUUUUAGAUUUUAAGGGUGGUGAUGAUGGCUCUAACUGAAAUAAUGACUGACUCUGACAACUGAAAUAAUUUGAAGAUGUUUCUCACAUAAAUAUAAACAUGUAUGUAUAUUUGUUUGGAGAUAAUUGUUGAAUUGAACAAAGCUGUGUAUUAUAAUGUAAAUGAUGUAAAUUGGUUUUGCUUUUAUCUGUUUCUAUCGCGAUUAUAUUUGAUAAAAAUCUUGGUAGAUUUUGUUUGUGUUGAAAUAUCAAACCUCAACUUUUGCAAGUGUAUGUAUCACAUGAAUGAGUAUGUGGAUGACUCCCUCUCACAUUCCCUUUCCAACAGGCCCACAACAUCUCUUUUUUCCGUGUGAUCAAGGACUGUUUGGCUCCAUAGGUCAGUGGCAGUGUCGUGAGGAGACAUUUGCAUUGUUUAUACUGAAGAUGAAAUAAAC